AUGCUCCCUUUGGCGUGGAUCUUUUGCUACCUCAAGUUGGCUCUGGCGCACGUGCCACGAAUUACGACUACACCAAGGGUGACUUGCCCGAGCUCAUCGAUAUCACCAUUGAAAUGGGUGCCAAGCUUUUUUGUGAGCGCUGUGGGCGUCCCUCCCAAGUUCGUGGUGGAUAAAUUGCACGCAGCCGGAAUCCCUGUGAUGAACAUGGUCGGGGCGCCGAAGCAUGUGGCGAAGGCACUCGAGGCGGGCGUGGACAUUAUUUGUGCUCAAGGCGGUGAAGGUGGAGGACACACCGGUGACGUCGCCACAAGCAUUCUGAUCCCCAUGGUCGUCGACACCUGCAAAGGAUACAAGUCACCUCUCACAGGAAAGCAAGUGCCCGUGAUCGCGGCGGGUGGCAUUUGCGAUGGCCGACACCUGGCCAUGUCCAUGGCGCUUGGUGCUGAUGCGGUGUGGGUUGGAACACGCUUUGUGGCAUCCGUCGAAGGCGGUGCACCGAAGGGACACAAGGAGGAUGUGGUGAAGGCGGGUGUGCACGACACCCACCGCACCGAGAUCUACACCGGCCGCCCCAUGAGGAUCAUCAAAAACAAGUACUCGGAGAAUUGGGAAGUGGAGCGAAACAAAGAGAUGCGUGAUCUCUUGAAGAAAGGCGUCAUUCCCUACACCACUGAUGUGGAGCUACUCGAAGAGAAGGUGAGAGGAAAGAAGCAGGAUGUGCCCACGCCGGUGGGUGCUGAUGCCAUACAUCCCUGGCUCUGCGGACAGGUGGCGGGAAUGAUCAAGGACAUUCUUCCGGCCAAAACCAUCGUGGAAAACAUGGUGGUGGAAGCAGCAGAGAUGCUCCAAAAGAACGCUACCUGCGUGUCCUUGCCCUCUCGUUUGUGA